AUGGCUGCUAAGCUCAGAGAUACAAUCAUUCAAUUAAAUAAAGAGCUACGGCAGCUUAAUGCCUCAGAAAAUAGAGGAAUGAAUACCAAUGCUGAUAAAUAUCAACAAAAAUAUUAUAAAAGAUAUAGAAGUCAGCAAAAACAAAAACUUCAACAAGUAGAAAGGCAAUGUAAAGAAGCGGGUCUUAAUAUACAGCUCACUAGGCCAACAAUCGGUUGUCUACAUUUAGAAGAAAUGCAACUAGGCUUAUUAGAAGCUAUUCUUCGCAUUGUCUCUCCGGAUAGGCAGGCAGAUGAGAGACGACAUUUAGAGACAUUACAAUCUGUCAAAACCUUGGAUCAACUCCAAGAAGCACUGGAACAAAUAAAUUAUAAGCUAUCACGCUCCGCCACAUACCUUAGACUUAUUCCAAAACAGCAUAAUACCAUAGAAAGAAAAUGA